AUGUCGCAAACGGUAGCAGACUAUCUGGUAACAGAUGAUCUGACAAUUCUGCUCGGUCUGAUCGCUGCCACGGUCUUCCUGGUCAACAACCUAUACAAACCUCAACCGCUUGUGCACCCUAUCCUCCUUGGGCGCCAGAGCGACGUCGGGCGUGCACGCAAUCCUGGAGAAAGUGCGGUGUAUAGGAACUAUGGAACUGGCUUGAUGGGAAGGUUCCCAAUCCGUCCUGGGAAGGAUGUACACAUUCUUUUGGAUUUGGUGCGAGCGGAAACUGAGGGACCGAGGACGCUUUGGGGUACCAAGCUCACGAACCGUACACUGCAAGACCGUGCUGCAGCCCUUGGCACGGGCCUGAUACGCCUGGCUGGUUUGAAGCCGAAUCAAUCUACUGUUCUCCUCCUUCUAAAUGACGGUUUUGAAUUCCUCCUUACCGACCUCGCACUGGCCUCCCAUGGAAUCGUAUCGUAUACCCUCAGUUCAGCCAAACUGCUGUCCUCGGUCCUGGAUUCACACCGACCAUCUGCUAUUGUCACCCACGCCGCCAUGCUUCCAGGCAUCCUGGAACUCAUCUACGACUCUGAUGAACGUCAGAACGAAUAUACCAUUGUCGUCGUCGACGAACUUCCACGAGAAGUCAGGGCUGGAGUUGCUAGCAACAUUAAACUGCUCCCAUUCGAAGACGUGGAACGUGAAGGUGUACGUGUCGAGAAAAUCUUGAGCCCGGUCCCGAAGCCGAGUGACGUUUUCACAAUCUCGUUGUAUGAAGGUAAAAACGGAAUGAUCCAAGGAGCGCAAUUGACACACGAGAACUUCACCGCCGGAGUUGCUGCCAUUCACGCUUUACUCCCAGCCUCCCACACGUUUUCGACGUUGGAUACCAUCGCUUCGGCUCAUUCUCUCAGUACCGCAUUUGGACGAGCUGUCGCAUACACAGCGCUGUACGAGGGCACCGGUUUUGCGACGUUGCCUUCUUCGAUAAUAUACGAAGGCGAAGAUGACCAUCCGUCUGGCUCGGCGGACUACCGAGAUUUGACCCGAGUCAUGGGUUACCCGAUCCCAUUCCCAACAGUCCUAUUCCUGAAGCCAGAACACCUCAGAUCGACGACAGACGAAAUCCUCCAGCAUGCUCGUAAAGCUUCAUUGCUUUACCGCUUUGGAUGGAGACACAAACUGGCCGGAAUCACGGAUGGCUUUUUGACACGGGACAGUCUCUGGGAUCGCAUGUUGUUCGACAGCGCUCGCAACAGGGUUCUGGGCAAGAUCUCAGCCACAACGCGAGCUGUGAUUGUUAGUGGCGGGCCUGUCGAUGCCGACCUUAUGACGCCAGCACGCAUCGCGUUUUCGGUGCCCGUGAUCAACACCCUCUCGCAUCCACUAGUCGCAGCCCCUGUUCUCGCUUCGCAUGCGUUCGAUUUGCAAGAUUUCAGUUUGACCGGAACUUCCUCUCAGAAGCCCCUUCCCGCCCAUACCGGUCCUCCUGGAGUGAAUGUCGAAGUCAAGUUGGUGGGAGUGGAUGACGAGAAAGUGGAGUCGGGCGGUGAUCCUGUUGGAGUGAUGUACGUACGUGGACCACCGGUGGCAAAGUUGGUCAAUGUGGAGGGAUACGUCGAGGUCCCUUCUGGAGAUGAUGAUGGCUGGACAGGGCUGGGGGUUCGUGCCAAAGUGCAAACUAAUGGAUCGUUUGUCGAGAUGAUUGACUAA